UUCUGGGGCUAAAUCUGCCUUGCUGGUGGGAAUUAUCUUUAUUCGCCAAUUUACCUCCUUUUUCUCUUGCUCUUGUCCUACCCUUCUCCCUAUCCUCAUCUUCCUCCCGUGCUUCUUCGCAGAUUCACCCUUGCUGACUGCUGCCACUUUGUACAUGUUUUUGAGUUAAUCAGGAAGCUCGUUGGUUGAUAGAAGGUAACCAUCUUCACCUCAUCGCUUCAAGCUCAGCCUUCCUCCAAACAUGACGACCCCGUUCCAGGCCUUUGGGCUCUCCUGCCCCGCAGGCGGCAAGUUCUACAUCUGCGAGACCGGCAGUGAGUUCGUCGGCUGCUGUGCCUCGGACCCUUGCAAUCUGACAGGCUGUCCGCAAAGCGACCUGAGAACAUCCAGCUUCUCUCCGGACGAGUACAGCAGCCUCCCUACCCAGGAGUGUGCCAACAGCGACAGCCUGUGGUACACUUGUGCCUUCAAUGUUCCCCCGUUUAUGGGUUGCUGCAAGACCAACCCUUGCGCGAACCCCAAGGCAUCUUGUCCUACUUCCAGCUUGGGGGCAGCCAAGCUGAGCAGUGUUGAUUCACUGCGGGAAAGGUUCUUGCAUCCAAGCCCCAACAGCUCCGCAAAGCCGACGCCAACAUCAGCACCAGACCGUUCCCCCAGCAAUGGAGCAGCUCCCAACACCCAGAGCACAACGCCCUCGCCGCAGGCUGUCCCCAGCAGCAACAACAAUUCGGGGCUUUCCACUGGAACGAUUGCGGGGAUUGCUGUUGGCGUUAGUGUCCUGGUGCUCGUAGCCAUUGCCAUCAUCAUCUGGAAGUGUGGAUGGACCGCCGGCAAGCGUAGGGCGCGGAGACAGGCAGCCGAGGCGGCAGUGCCACCUGCGAUGGGACCUGGCAUGACGCAGAAGAACAACGGAUAUAGAGAUUCGGGCUUCCCGGAAAACAGCUUCCCGGCAGAAAAUUCGUAUAGAGACUCGUUUGCACCCAGCGCCGUGACGGCAGUGGGCUCUCCACGCGACACGGUUUACUCCAAGCCUGGCUUUGACUCAAACACAUCGAGCAUGUACGGGUCACCCUUUCCCACUGGACCGACCACGCCUGCGCCGGACCCGCGAUACUCGACAUACAGCCAGCAAGGGUACAACCCUGUUGGCUAUAGCCUCGUGCCAAACCCUGCGAUGCCGGUGGUGUUCGAGAUGGAGUCGACCGAGGUGCGUUCAGAGCUGAGCGGCGGAGGACAGCCGGUCGCGGCUCCACUGCCGGUCCCCGUCCAGCCCCCUCAGAAGAAACAGGGCGACGGCCAGCAAAGGCCUCCAGCUCAGGCUUCACAGCCGCAACCUCAGCCUAGCUCUCCGCGUAGCCCCCAGAACGGCGGUCUCUUCCCCAACACGAAGCCCGUUUCUAAACCUGGGUCAAGCAAACCUUCUCCCAUAGCACCGCUGCCGCCACCAGCACAGGGGAACGCUCCUCAUUCCCCAUCCCUGCCAUCGCCUGUUAGUCCUCCUCUGGUCCAGGGAUUUCCUUCUCCUGUUUCUCCACCGUACCAAGGCCAGUAGGUCCUCCGCCUAAAAGGGAUGGUGCUUCUGUCACUUCCGCCACCUCCCAGCAGUGAGGACUGCGGUCUGGGACUGUGGAAGUUUGAAUGAGAAAGGUAGGCAGGGCUUGAUGCGGAAAACCUUCCCAACCAGACUGUGAGCCUGGUUAAAGGUUCAAGCCUGAUUACCUAGAUGUUGGCUACACUGGGUGGACUUGAUUGGUUUUAUCUGACACACAGCGGGGUGGGUUUAUCGUGCUUGUGAUACGCAUUGCUUUGAGAUUUAUUGAUGCUGAAGCACUCAGCUUGUAUGUCUUUGAUACACUCGCUUAGGGCCUUGGAUAUGGUACAUUUCUCUCUUUCUACCAGCCACCAGUGCAUUGAUGGGAACUAGCAAGUUGCCUGAUUUUUUCAUCAUAUUUCAUUUAUAAUUUAAUUAGGCAUCAAGUCCAGAGUCUUAGUCUACGCUCCGGAUAUCCCGAACAACAACAAAAAAAAAACUCAGGUUAAACUAACUCUCGUCUC